CCUCCACCUUCACUUUGUCAAUUUCUGCGCCUUCAUUGAAAUCCCUCGGUUCUCGGGCUGCGAAGUUUACAGCCUGCGUUGUGGUUUUUCAGUAGGUGGCGGAGAGCGGGGACAGAUAAGGAAGAGGGAAGCUCCCUUUUACGCGUCAACUCUCCCAGUGGCGUGCGGACGAACCACCCACCCCUACCACUAUACACACACACGGCCGACGGGGAACAGUGCGUUAUUGUUCAUUUCGCUGCUGAAUCUGGACAGGGGACCUCGCCUGGAGAGACUCCAGAAACUCGCCAAAUAGUGUGUCGCCGCGGGAGUUGGGCGACUUGCUCUUGAACGCCGUGGAGUGCAGGGGGUGGAUAACUUCUGCUCCCAGCAAUGAAUCUCUCGGAAGCGCUCGACCAGACUCACCUUUGAUGGUUUUUCCUGCGAAAGUGGUAAAGCGGGGAAAAACACUUAUAGUUUUAUUUGCCUUUUAAUGUUGGGUUUUUUUUUUAUUAUUUCGGAGCAAUUAACAGCCGCUAAAAAAAGGGAGGGGGAAUACAGAUAAAAUGCCGGACCAGAUUACAGUGUCGGAAUUUGUGGCGGAGACGAAUGAAGAUUACAAAGCGCCUACAGCUUCCAAUUUCACCACUAGGAUGUCUCAUUGCAGGAAUACGGUGACGGCGCUGGAAGAGGCUCUCGAUGUCGACCGGAGUGUCUUGUACAAGAUGAAGAAAUCGGUGAAAGCAAUUUAUACUUCGGGUCUGGCACACGUGGAGAAUGAGGAGCAGUACACCCAGGCUCUCGAAAAGUUUGGGGAGAACUGCGUCUUCAGGGAUGACCCCGAUUUGGGAUCGGCCUUCCUCAAGUUCUCCGUGUUCACGAAAGAGCUUACUGCACUUUUCAAAAACCUGUUUCAGAACAUGAACAACAUCAUCACCUUUCCACUGGACAGUCUGCUGAAGGGAGACCUGAAAGGAGUAAAAGGGGAUCUGAAAAAGCCUUUUGAUAAGGCCUGGAAAGACUAUGAAACAAAAGUGACGAAGAUCGAGAAGGAGAAGAAGGAGCACGCCCGGCAGCACGGGAUGAUCCGCACGGAGAUCAGCGGGGCGGAGAUCGCCGAGGAGAUGGAGAAGGAGCGGCGCUUCUUCCAGCUGCAGAUGUGCGAGUACCUUCUCAAAGUGAACGAGAUCAAAAUCAAGAAGGGGGUGGACCUGCUCCAGAACCUGAUCAAGUAUUUCCAUGCUCAGUGCAACUGCCAUGCCCCUCCGCAGAUCAAGCAGGCCCAGGAUGAGGAGAGGAAGCAGCUGACUCAGCUGAGGGACAUGCUGAAGUCGUCGCUGCAGGUGGAGCAGAAGGAGUCCAGGAGAGAUUCUCAGGUGCGACAGAGUGCCGCCUACAGUUUGCACCAGCCACAGGGGAACAAGGAGCACGGCACCGAACGCAGUGGGUACCUGUAUAAGAAGAGCGAUGGAGAGAACAGAGCCCAUGCUAACAGACCACCAGCGAAGCUCAACCUCUUAACCUGUCAAGUGAAACGCAGCCCGGAUGAGAAGAAAAGCUUCGAUCUCAUAUCACAUGACAGAACGUAUCACUUCCAAGCAGAAGACGAGCCGGAAUGUCAGAUGAAGACGUAUCCCACAUGGCUGUCCACAAACCUGGGGAUCCUGACGUGUAUUGAAUGUUCCGGAAUUCACAGGGAGCUGGGUGUCCACUAUUCCAGAAUCCAGUCUCUCACCCUCGAUGUCUUGGGAACAUCUGAGCUCUUGCUGGCCAAGAACAUUGGGAACGCUGGUUUCAACGAGAUCAUGGAGGCCAGCCUGCCCGUGGAGGAGACCGUCAAACCCACGCCCUCGAGCGACAUGCAGGCCCGGAAGGACUACAUCACCGCCAAGUACACAGAAAGGAGGUUUGCCCGCAAGAAGUGUGCCGACAACGCUGCGAAGCUGCACAGCCUGUGUGAAGCCGUGAAGGCCAGAGACGUUUUCGCUUUGGUCCAGGUCUACGCUGAAGGUGUGGACUUGAUGGAGCCGAUUCCACUGGCAAAUGGACACGAACAAGGGGAGACAGCACUUCAUCUGGCAGUCAGACUGGUAGAUCGAACGUCUCUCCACAUCGUUGACUUCCUGACUCAGAACAGUGGGAAUCUGGAUAAGCAGACUGCGAAAGGCAGCACAGCUCUGCACUACUGCUGCUUGACAGACAAUAUUGAGUGCCUGAAACUGCUGCUGAGAGGGAAGGCUUCCAUUGAGAUAGGUAAGCCGCAAGUGAAGAGGAGAGGAAGGCUGGUGAGCAGUUUUAACAUUGGCUCAGCUGGUAAGGCUGUUUGUCUGAUUCGUCCCCACUACCCUCUCCCCGCCGUGUGCCAGCAGCCCAGUCCUCUCCGCCGGGACGAGCGCCCCGUCAGCUGCUACCAGCCCGGCGCCAACCAGCUGCAGCCCAACAUCGCUGCCCUGGCGCGCGACGCUGCCAACCUGGUGAAGGACAAGCAGAGGGGCUUCAUCCCCAGCCUGGUCAACAACGAGACCUACGGCGCCGUCCUGAGCUCCAGCCCGCCUGCCGGCCAGGCUCCGGGCCUGGGGACCACCGCCGCCCCCCCGCUGCCUCCCCGCAACAUAGGCAAAGUGCAGCUGUCGGGCCCCGGUGUCGGGGCGCAGGCCCCCGGCUCCGCCGUGUGGAAGGCCGGCCCCCUGGAGCCGGGCGGCAGGCAGAGGUCGUCCUCGGACCCCCCCAACAUCCAGCCGCCCGUCCCCCCGCUGCGCGUCACCUCCACGGCCCUCCUUCCGCCUGCCACCCCGCCGCCCCCUGUUGCCAAGACGGUGAGCGUGAUGGAGGCCAUGAACCUGCAGUCCAAGCAGGCGGGGCCUCCCCCCGUGCCGCCGGUCAAGCCCCCUCCUCCGCCUCUGCCUCCCCAGCCUCCCGGCAGAGCCCCGCCCAGGUCUCCCAGCUCUGAAAAGACAUUUAACAAAGGACUCCGUACAGGGCUGGGAUGUGCAGAAAAACAAGAUAAGGACGCGCCUGGAUCCUCAGGCUCUUCCCAGAAUUCUGUGGGCCAGGUUCCGCCCCCAGCUCCCAUGCCCAGGAAGACCUACCUGAAACACAAGCCCAAGAGGGUGAAAGCUAUUUAUAACUGUGUCGCUGACAACCCCGACGAGCUGACGUUCUCGGAGGGGGAGGUGAUCGUGGUUGACGGAGAGGAAGACCAGGAGUGGUGGCUGGGCCACAUCGAAGGCGAGCCCAAGAGGCGGGGCGCUUUCCCCGUGACGUUCGUACACUUCAUCGUGGACUGACGGGCCUGCGGGGGCGAGGGCCCGGAGAGACCGUCCCAGCGGCCGCCAGCUCCCGCCCGCUGGACCCGCACCGGCACCGGGGCUGCUGGGCCAGGACCUGCCCUCGCAGGAGCUCGUGCUCAGGCUCCGGAGUGCUGGCGCACGCCGCUCCACUGUGACGUCACUCUCGCGGACUGUGGCGGGAGUUCCGGGGGGGAGCGUUGCUAGAUGGGUGAACAAUCUUACAUUGACUAUUGAGCAAAUCUCACAAUAAAUGCACUUUUUCACCUGGGUUAGUACUAUUGCGGUCCGCAAACGAAACGGGAAUCGAAUCGGCAAGGACAUCCAGCUGAAGACAAGGUCAAGCUCUUGUUUUAGAAUACAUUUGAUUAUUUUACAGAAAUACUUUAGUGCAAGUGUUACUUUUCCCCCCACCUUGACUUCAAAUAAGUGUAGGCUUUCUUAAUGUUGUAUUUGUUGCAUGAUUUGAAGAAAAUGAGCAAAAAACCUUUUUGUACCGAGGCAAACGACAUUAAGCUGUAUAGGACCAUACGCUGAAAAGUGCUGAUAAGUCAUUGUCUGUUUCUAAUGGUGCUAAACCACAAAUGUCCUGGACGUAGACGGCACACAACUGGAGGUCUUCUGCUUGGACUCCAAUGUCUUCAUUUGGAAGGAAUCUUUUUGAGUUGACAGAGGGCCAGUCUAUGAAAUGUAGUUCUGCUCUGGCACACAACUGAGAUGUGAAAGUGGAGACCUGGAAAACGAAGAAAACUCCUGGUCUUUGGUCUAAACUACUCCUUAAAUAACAAAUGGCCUUUUUUAAAUGUACAAUUCACAGCUGUUUUUAAGCCCCACCUCCAGGAUCCCGGCCUGUCACGUUGUGUGUGUGUGUGUCUACCAGUUAGAGAAAUGUCCCACCUUUGGACUCGCUACAGUGCUCUGCCGUUCCUGAAUUUAGUGGAGACACUGAGCAUGAAGGAGCUCGCUGAGCAUGGGUGCCAAGGUUGAAUGCUGAAAAAAACACCGCUGUUAAAUUU